AUGGAGUUGACACCCACUUCCUCUACUGACAUCCGGCAUAUUGAGGCCGAGUACCAGAAGGAUAAGGCUGAAAGAAGGAGAGCAACUCUAAUAGCCAAAACCCCGGAGUCUGCUGAUGUGCAUGCCUCCCGGCUAGAGGCCGUUGUUCCUGGGAUGAUCGAGAGAGCCCUUACUGCUGCACUGACACCUCUUAGGGUUUCGAUUAAUGCCAUUACAGCGAGAGUAGAGGUAUGUGAGAGAGGAAAUAGUGCUAAUGAAGAGGAGACGACCUUGAAGGCCUCUUUUACUAAGUUGAGGAAAUAUGUGGACCGGUUAUGGUCCACUAAUUUGCCCUUUAUCUUUGGGACUGUGGAGAUUUCGGAUGACCCGAACACCGAUAUUCCAGGUCAUGCUAAUGUGCCUCUUGCCACUACCAGAGAUGAGGUUAGAGUUGAUUAUGUUGUUGCAGAAUUUGAGGCCGAGACUGAUGAGGAGCAGUUUGGUGAUCAGGAGGAGACUAUUUUUGAAGGCUGA